UUGGUAGACGUGGAGUGGUAGCUCAGUCAGCUGGCUGGCAGAAAGUCUGCUAGCUAGUAAUGUAGUUGACAGCAACCUUCUCUGUCAUUGCAGCAACAUUUAUCUUUGCUAUAGGUUGAACUAAAUGUUCCAGAAAGCAUGCUGGAUUUUGCGAUAUUUGCUGUGACUUUUGUUGUCAUCCUGGUUGGUGCUGUGCUUUACUUAUACCCGUCCUCAAGAAGAGCAUCUGGUAUUUCUGGCCUCAAUCCUACAGAGGAAAAGGAUGGCAAUUUGCAGGACAUCGUCUCCAAAGGCAGCUUGCACGAGUUCCUGGUGGGCCUCCACGACCAGUUUGGACCUGUGGCAUCUUUCUGGUUCGGCAGGCGUCCUGUGGUCAGUCUGGGAACUGUGGACCAGCUAAGGCAGCACAUCAACCCCAACAGAACCACGGACUCCUUUGAGACGAUGCUGAAGUCGUUGCUAGGAUACCAGUCUGGGCCCAGCAUGGGAGCCACAGAGGGCGUGAUGAGGAAGAAGAUGUACGAGGGGGCCAUCAACACCACCCUGAAGAACAACUUCCCUCUACUGCUGAAGCUGGUGGAAGAGCUGGUAACCAAAUGGCAGUCCUACCCCGAGUCCCAGCACACGCCCCUUUGCUCUCACCUCCUUGGAUUGGCCAUGAAGGCUGUCACUCAACUUGCCCUGGGCGAGCGAUUCGCCAACGAUGCAGAGGUCAUCCGCUUCCGGAAGAACCAUGACGCGAUCUGGUCGGAGAUUGGAAAAGGCUUCCUUGAUGGCUCCUUAGACAAGAGCUCCAGCAGGAAAGGACACUACGACUCUGCUUUGGCGGAGAUGGAGACUGUGUUGAAGUCUAUUGUGAAGGAUAUCAAAGGGAAAGGCGCUGGGCAGUCCUCCUUCGUGGAUUCCCUAGUACAGGCAAAGCUCUCAGAAAACCAGGUCAUGGAGGAUGCAAUGGUCUUUUCUCUUGCUGGCUGUGUCAUCACUGCUAAUUUGUGCAUCUGGGCGGUGCACUUCCUGUCGUGUGCGGAGGAGGUUCAGGAGAAGCUGCUCCAGGAAUGCACUGAGGUGUUGGGGGAGGAGCCUAUCACCCUGGAGAAGAUUCCAGAACUCAAGUACUGCCAGCAGGUGUUGAAUGAAACUGUGCGAACUGCCAAGCUGACACCGAUGGCUGCAACACUACAAGAGGUGGAGGGAAAAGUGGACCAGCAUGUCAUUCCCAAAGAGACUAUGGUCAUCUAUGCUCUUGGUGUGGUGCUCCAAGAUGCGGAUACUUGGUCUCUGCCUUACAGAUUUGACCCUGACAGAUUUAAAGAUGAGGACUCCAGAAAAAGCUUCUCCUUGCUUGGAUUUUCUGGAAACCAGGCCUGCCCAGAGUUAAGGUUUGCCUACACGGUGGCCACGAUGCUGCUGUGCACGCUGGUGCGGCGUCUGAAGCUGCACUGCCUGAAGGGCCAGGUGGUGGAGGCCAGGUACGAACUGGUGGCCACGCCCAAAGACGACACCUGGAUCACCGUCAGCAACAGAAAGUAAACACAGAAGAUGGACACCACCCUCUCUCUCUUUCUUUCUUUAGUUCUUUCUCUCUCUAUCUCUCUCUCUCUCUCGCUUGCUCUCUCUCGCUCUCCUGUCUGUAUCUCUGUCUGUCUGUCUGUAUCUAGCUCUCGCGCUCUCUCUCUCUCUCUCUCUCUCUCUCUCUCUCUCUCUCUCUCUCUCUCUUCCUGUGUGAAGCACAUCAAGUAUUACGUAAUAUCCUUCACUGCCAAUGAAGUCUGCCGUUGUGGUGAUAACUGCCAGCUACGUGUACAUGCGUAGGUAUUUUACAUAGAUUUUACAUUUGCAUCGCUAUUUUAUACCAAGGACCUGGUUUGACACCUAUUGAAUAGAUUGCAUACAACACAACACUGUUCUGUACAGAGCAAGUGGUUUGAAUUAUCUGUUGACUGUUGACUCAAAUUCAAAAUUGUUGCAUUAUAUGAAAAUUAAAAUUCCUAACCAGCACCGUAAGUGCCACAGCUCUUCAGCCAGUGCCAUGUCGUGGACAUUUUUUAUAUACUAUCUGGUUGUCAUAUAUGAAAAUGUUUGAGCCCAAAUAAUGAAAUGUGUAGUAAUCAGUGUCAACACACGAGAUGAUUAAGAAAACGACUGAAAACAGUUUGUUGGUCAGUUGUGUUGCGUAGUGGUUCAGAGACAUUCCUUCCAACCUUUUGAAUUGUGACUGAAUGUGAAUGAAGAGAUGAGGUAUUGUCAAUAGUACCUCUGUGCUUGUACUCCCUUUGUGAAUAAAACUUGUUUAUUAAAAU